UUAAUUUAGAAGGUUCCUAAGUUUUUGAAAUCGAUAGUUUUUGCUCGCAUUAUCGUCAUAAUAGAUUAUACGUAAGACCAGUGUUACAUUUAAAACAUUAAAAUGAAUAAAUGUUUUCUUAAGAUAUGGAAUCCUACUAUAAAUAUUGUUCGACAAAGAGGAUAUAAGGCACCUGGUGGAAUAAAAUAUCCUGGAGGUAUUGUGUAUUACCCGAGGAAUCCAGAUUAUAAAGAGCCAGACUAUACACCCUCAAAACUAUUUAGAGUUGAAAGAAUAAAAUCAACUAAACAUUAUCCUUCAUGGCAAAAGAAAAUACUAGAAGAAUUCAAAAUUCAUGAGGAAGUAAAAGUUACUAUAGUGAAAAAUAUACCAGAAAAUAAUAUGAGACUUUGGAAAGUAAAGCAUCUAAUAAAAGUGACUCCAAUCACAUUUCCAUAUGGAGAACCCAGUACAGAUGACAUUAAUUACACCAUAUUAAAAGAGAAUGGCCAGUGUUUAGUGAAGAAAAGCCUGGAACCGCAACCAAAACAAAUUGAAGCUUUAGAGGCAUUUCAAAGUAAUGAUAAAAAAAUGGAUUCCACUACUAUAAAGAAAGACUCAAGGUACAAAUGGAAUAAUCCUUAUGGAGGUGGUUUUUAGUAUAACUUUAGAAAAGA